UACCCGCACAGAAAGAAACACGGCCGGGCUCACUCGUUUCACAUACGCUGGCCACAGCACUGGUGGCCCUGCCAGUUUAUCGCUAAAAAGGCCAAUAUUCAAAAAUUAUUCACAAAGGUGCUCUCCUCCUCUGUUUUAUAUGUGUCCGUGUUCCAGUUGGCGUCGCUAUUAGUGUUCCAUUCUUCGGGCGCAGAGAUCUUUUUUCACGAUUCAUCGGCACCAAAGAAAACAUCUGCUGCUUUGUUUGGUCCGGUUAAGCAAAAAAAAAAAAAAAAAAUCGACAGCCGGGACUGAAAUUAAAAGCGGACGCGCUUCAUUUGUUUGUCUUCGGGUUUAUUUUUUAUGUGAUGUGAUGUUUUCAAGUGUUACGACAGUGCCUUCUGUAAUAAACAGCUGCACAUAAAAGACACGCACAUUUUUGUUUUGCUCAUUAAACCGCAUUCUCUUCGACUUUGGUGGUUUUCCAUUUGAAUCAAUCAAACUUGCCGCCGCAAAUCGGGUCCCCCUUCCUCUCAAAAAGCGCAUCAUUAUUUAAUUCAACAUGGCAUUCCCAUGGGGAAAAUCGAAAGUGAUGCUGUCGGUGCUGGUCAUCUUAUUGGCGAGCGAGAGCUUGGCCCAGUUCCAGCGUUUCCCUCCGUUCCAGCAAGUAUUUCAACAGCAACAACAAGAAGCGCAGUUCAGGGUGCCUCGCCAACAACAAUUGCCCGGCCAGAUUUUUAAUGUCCAACGACCGCAACGGCCGUUCCAACAGCAGCCGUCCAGGCCGUUUCAAGCGAUGGCCGAGCAAGUGAGGCAAACACGGCAACAAGCCCAACUGGCACAACAGCCAUUCAGACAGCCGACGGCACAGCAGCAACAGGUAACGCAGCCACCAUUUCGACAGCAAACUUUCCCCCAACAAUUCAGGCAACCAGCCCAGUUUCAACAGCCGACACAACCGGUCCGUCCACAAUUUCCUGUCCAGCAACAGCAACCAGCACGCCCGGCGCAGCCAGCGCCACUUCAGCAGCCGUUCAGACAACCGGCUCCGGCUCAGCAACAACAAGGCGGUUUCCGUCCACCGAACCAGCGGCCAACACAACCGCAACAGCAGCAGUUUACACAACCGCCGCAGUUAAGUCAACCUGUUCGCCAGCCUCAACAAUUGUUCCAGCAGCCGCAACCGCAACAGCCAAGGCCUGCCCAGCAGUUCACUCAACCUCCAGCUCAACAACAGCAAGCUGCGCAAGUGACUCAGAUUCCUCGUCCGGCUCCCGUUGCACCUCAAGAGCCGCAAGUGCCUCGUCCAGUCGUUCCAAUUCAGGAGCCUCAACAAUUGCAAAACUUGCAACAACCCCCUCAGCAAUUUCCCCAACAACAACAACAACAACAACAACAACAACUACAGCAACAACAACUACAGCAACAGCAGCAACAACAACUACAGCAACAGCAGCAACAACAACUGCAACAACAGCAGCAGACGACAACGACAGUGGCGACAUUUAUAACUCCGGCCACCAGCACGCCACCAACUACACCUACCCCGAUUGCUCCGGCUGCGAGCGCAUCAUCGGGCGACCCUUCGGCUCCCGUUUUCCGAGGUGGAAUGACCACGACACGACAACCUAGCGGCCCUGUGCCCGUUUCGCCGUUGACGGACAAUAACGCAGGCGUCAACAAUGCCGGCAUCCUUCCGUUGCAAACGGAUACGAACGAUCAAAAUUUGCUAUUCCCAAAAUAUCCUCCAUUUGCGUAGAAACGGAAAGAGCGAAAAACAUCAAACAAAAAUUAUGCGUGUACAAAACAAAUCACCAUUUUUUUCUUUCGUGGUCUUCCAUUUGAUUUUAUUAAUCGACAUUUUUUUUUUUCUUUUCUUAUUGUCUUGCGGAAGGAAAACCCUUCGAUCGUGUCCACCUUUACGCAGGUAAAAGUGAAUAAUGAGAGAGAAACCAAAAGACAAAAAAAACAAAAACGGCCGUGGAACUGCUGGAUAUGAUUUGUUUUUUUAAAUUGAAAAACUUUUGAUUGUCUAUGAAUAUUGAUUGAACGAGAAUUGCACGUGUUGGAGGAACCUUACGGCAAGUACGUAACGGUUCCCGGUUGAAUUUCCCUUGUCCUUAAACAAAAAACGAUUCUGAUUGAAAAUGAUGUAUCCCCGUGUUUUUAUUAUUUUAAUUUUUUUUUUUUUUUUUUUCAAAAAUGUGAUUGCUUUCGUGUGUUUCUUGACGUGUCUAGAGGUGCCGCUAACGACAAAGCAGACGUCUACUAAACUGACGAUGAAUCGCUGAAAAAUUCAGACAGUAGACGAAGACGGUCAAAUGAGAUUGCACAUUUUCAGAGGCAGACAAAACAAGAGCUAAACGUUCGUCAAUUCCGGCAAUGAAGCAUCGAUUUGCAGCCUUUGAAAGUCAUUCAACGGCCAUCGCAAUAUAGUGGGAAGGUCAAAAUGAAACGAAGUAAAAUGCCGCGAAACACAAACACUUGACGUGAAUAAGCAAAUUGAUUCUUUGUUUUGGCCUCUCGUGUAAUCGUGUGUUCACCGAGAACUGCCAAAAAAAAAAAAACAAGCAAGAAUAUUUGAAAAGAAUUAACAUAGCACUCGUAACAACAUCUAGCGGACGAUCGAGUGCGCUACUUCAUGCUACUCUUUCUUUGGGUCCGUUAAAAGCCUUUUUGAAUUCAGUAUUUUAAACAAGAAACGUAGUUGGGCACGCGUCAGUCGCUUCGCAGUUUCUGAUGCUUUUAUUUUUAAACCGUCCUGGUUCGUUCCCGUGUAAACAAAGAAGCAAAACACACAUUGCAUUUCCUUUCUGCGCCGAAAAUACGACGGUAUGUUCGAUUUCCAAGAAAAAACAAUAAAAAACGAACGGCUUUAAUAGAAAAAAAAAAAAAAAAAAAAAAAAGAAACCAUUGCAAACGCUGCUGGCCGGUUUGGCGCUGCGAUGAUCAGAUGAAAAAUUUCAAAAAUAAAUAAUAAAUUUGUUUGUGUUUAGAUUCCAGUGAAAACUGCGCUACGUGACUGCGUAGUGAGGACCUUAAACACAAGCAAACACAAACGCACACACACGCAAAUGUAUAUUGUAAAGCCACUGUGUGCCGAAAACAUUUCCAAUUAGAUACGUAGGUGUAAAUAAAAAUAAAGCCGGGCGGUGCGCGGUAUGUUUGCCUGUAAAGAAAGGAACGGGCGCAUUUUGCAAAAAAAAAACAAACAAAAACAAACAAAAACAACAAGGAAGUAAUGGUACUUCAAGUCUUAACACAUUUUUUAAAAUCACAGGCCUUUUAGUAUCUUUAUUUGAUAGGACAUUUGCAUCCCCCCCCCCCCGCGACCCAUUAUCUCUGCAUUCGCUCUCUGUUCGUAUUAUAAACGGUGUAACGUAAUCAGAAUCUUAGCGUAUCUUCAAGUCUCUGUUAUGUGGGUAUCUUUUUGUUCCGUUUCUUCUCAAUCUGUCACGCCUUUCGGCUAACUGUCUAGUAAAUGAUUAAGCAUUUUAUGUAACAUGCAUGAAGAGCAAAACAAAAAACUGGGUUUUAUGUUUCGA